UUGUGGUAAAAAAGUGGAAGAUUGUGAAAGAGCACGAGACAGUAACAAUGGAAUUUUCGAUCAUAAUCAUAAUUGGGAGCGUAAUCCUAAGCGAUGUCCAAUGUAUUUAACUCAAUUAAGCGAAUUGGAUAAUCGAUGGCCUGAGGAUGAGUUUGAAUGUUUAGCUAUGCUUCACCGUAACAGAUCGUUACGUUUGUUACGGGAAGCGUUUGAGAAACUUGGUGAAGAACGUAUUAAACAGGUGGACGAUCAUUUUAAUACAAUUACUACAUGUGGUUUUACAUAUGAAGAAAUUCUUGAGGAGGAUCACACUUUAAUUAAAUACCCACAGAUCAGUUAA